GGAUAAAAAUAAACAAUUUUGUUUUCUACGUCCAUCGUUAUCUACUUUGUUGAAUCGAAAAAUGCAAUUAAAAAUAGCAAAUAAAGAAUUCAGAAACAGUUCCAGUACACAAGAAUAUGCGGCGUAAGAUAAGUACGAUGUCUUUUGAUGAUUUGCAACUUUUUUUGUGCACCAUGAUUAAAUUUUCCAGCUAUGUCUGAGCGAUUUAUUGAUCGAUUACAAUGUUUGUUUGAAAAAAAAAACAUAUUUUUUUUUUUCAAAACAACAUUUGUAGGUUGGAAUAUUCUUGAGAUUUAUGGUAAUUCAGAAAUCUAGCCCAACGGCAUUCGUGAGAUGCCCUGCAAUGACUCUACACAAAUUCAGGUGGGUCAGCAACAAUCAGCGACGGGUGUCAUUAUCAAUUGGAGAUAACAAUUUUUUUUUCGGUGACGGCACGCUUCCCCAUCAUGAUUAGAAACGUUGACCAUCGAGAACGUUCACAUGAAUUUGGGUAAGAAGGCGCCACCCGUCCGUGAUUGAUUUUGCAAAUUUUAGUCGAAGCUGAGCCGAGUUGGAGUCAAGAUGUUUCUGUAUACAGUCGGGUUGAUUUGUGUGCUAGUGUUUUUGGGAUUGAAAUAUUUGUUCUCCUAUUGGGAUCGAUAUGGGCUGCCUAGUAUAAGUCCGGAGAUUCCUUUUGGGAAUUUGAAAACGGUUGCCAAAAAUGAGGAAUCCUUCGGGACGGCUAUAACGAAUCUGUACUGGAAAACUCAAGAACCGUUGAUUGGUGUUUAUCUUUUUUUCCAACCGGCCAUUAUGGUUCGGGACGCACAUUUAGCUCACCGGAUGAUGACCAGUGAUUUCAACAGUUUCCAUGAUCGGGGAGUCUACUGCAAUGAGAAAGACGACCCGUUUUCGGCAAAUUUGUUUGCCCUGGAGGGACGAAAAUGGCGAAAUUUGAGGAAUAAGCUAACACCUGUUUUCACAUCCGGUCAGUUACGAGGCAUGUUUCCGACCAUCUUGAACGUGGGAUACAAGCUUCAGAGGUACCUCGAACCGUUGGCUGAUCGCGGAGAAGUCGUUGACUUCGAGAAACUGUCCUCAAGAUUCGUUAUGGAAAAUGUAGCUUCGGUCUUCUUUGGAUUUGAAGCUAACUGCAUCAACGAUCCGAACGAUUCAUUCCAUACUGUUUUGAAAACUGCUCAACGUCCCAGACUUGUGAGUAACAUUCGAUCUUCGGCCGUGUUCAUCUGUCCAAGUUUGCUCAAAAUCUUACGAAUGACAUCGCUAGAUCCCGAAGUCAUUGAAUUCGUGCAGCGCAUCAUCACGGAACAGAUUGAUCACAGGGAAAAGACGAAAGACACCCGGAAAGAUUUCAUCCAGCAGCUGAUAGAUCUACGUCGAGAGGAUAAAGACAACGGUGAGUUGGCUUUGAGCUUGGAAGAAUGUGCCGCAAACAUUUUCCUGUUCUACGUUGCUGGGUCGGAUACUUCAACGGCGGCCAUUUCAUUCACACUUCACGAGUUAACUCAUAAUCCAAAAAUAAAGGAUAGACUAUUGGCCGAAAUUGAUGAGACCCUUCGCAGCUCCGAGGGUCUAUUCACCUACGAAAGCCUCAGGGCCAUGAAAUAUCUGGACAUGUGCGUUAAAGAGACCCUCCGCAAAUAUCCGGGUCUCUCAAUCCUCAACCGGCAAUGUACCGCCGACUAUCCGGUUCCGGAUUCAAAAAUCAUCAUUCGAAAGGGCUCGAAUGUCAUCUUUCCCAUGGAAGCUUACGGCAUGGAUCCAAAGUAUUUCCCGGACCCGGAAAGUUACAAUCCGGAUCGUUUCGAUCCGGAGAUCGGUAGUUUCGACGAACGAGCGUAUUUUCCAUUUGGAGAAGGUCCUCGAAUGUGUAUCGGAAAACGUAUGGGCGAAGCUGUUACCAAAAUUGGCCUGGUACUGUUGCUGUCCCGGUUCAACUUUGAGGCGACUGUUGGGCUUAAGUUGCGGUUUAAACCAUCGGCGGUUUCAAUGCACCCGGUCGGUGGAAUUCCGCUGCGCGUUUCCAGGCGCAGUAGUUGAAAAACAUCUCAUCGUACUUAGAGCUUAGCAAUAUGUUUCUUUAGGAUUAUCUAUCGAAUGUUUACCUAGAAUUUAAGUUUACUCACUCGAUUUGAUACUAGUUUUUGGAUGAAGUAAUAGAACCAAAUUAUUCACGAGAA